AUGUUCUCGGACAAGGCGCGGUGGAUAGUCGCCGUCGUGCUCAGGGUGGCGGCCGCCGGCGCCGCGGCCGUCGCGGCGGUGCUCAUGGCGAUGAGCCACGAAACGGUCACCAUCUUCAACAUGGAGGUGCAGGCCAAGUUCGGCUACACGCCGUCGCUCGUGUUCUUCGUCGCCGCCAACGCCGCCGCGAGCGCCUGCAGCGUCGUCGUCCUCCUCGUGCCGACGGCGGCGAGCAAGCUCGCCGCCAGGCUGCUGCUCAUGGCUGACGUGGUGCUGGGCAUGGUGCUCACCGGCGCCGUGGCGGCGGCGGGCGCCAUAGCGGAGCUGGGGAAGCACGGGAACAGCCACGCCGGCUGGAUGGCGAUCUGCGAGCAGGUGCCGGUCUUCUGCGACCGCGUCAGGUCGGCCCUCGUCGCUGGCUCCGUUGCCAUCGUCCUCUACUACCUCUUGCUCAUGUACUCCAUCUACACGCUCCCUAUGUUUCCAUGAAGCAUGCAGCAGCCACCGCUAGCUUUUUAGAGUAGAGCUCUCAUCCCGGCCGGUUUGCAGUAAGAUUAAUUACUCUCUCCGGUUUCUAAUCUCUGACGCCGCUAACUUUUUAGCAUGUUCUGACAGUCCGUCUUAAUUAAAAAAUUGUGUAAAAGUACAAGAAAAAAU